CGUUGACCGUUCGAUCUUUCUUCUGACGCAUCUGACCCGUUGGAUCUCCACACCUCUCCUUCCUCUCUCGCUCGACACCACACGUGCUCCCACCUUCCUCCUUCCUGCUCGUUCGGACAGCCGCCGGCUGUCGCAUCCCUUCUCCCCGAUCCUCCUCCACACCAGCUCAAGAAGCCGGCGGUGGGGAUGGUAAAGUCAGGCCGGAGACCUCUGGUCGUUUAGGCCCCAUGACAGCAGCCGGGUUGGGGCGGGAGCAGAUCCACCAUCUCCCGAGGUCCUUAUCCAUCUCAGCUCACGAGGAAGCCGCGGGAGGAGGAGCUCAACUGGGCGUCGCCGGUCGGAGAAGGAGGAGAGGCGCGGAUGCGAGCCAGGGAAGCGGAUUGGCUCGCCUCCGCUUCAUCGUGAGCGCUGCCGCCUCUGCAUCCACCUUGCUCCACAUAGCAGCAUGUGUGCUGAAGCAGGGACAGGCAACCUGCUUGAUGCAGUUGUCGAAUCUCAGCAACAUCGUCUUCAAGAUCAACCUGUGUUGAACAAAGAGAGUUCUCCCUGGGAUUGAUGUCAGCAAGACUAAAAACUGUAAUCAACCAGGUAUCCCUCUGUAUGUAGUCACUUAGCAUCUAGAAAUUGUAGCUUUCUUCUGAAAAUGCGAUUCCACUAAUUACCCAAAGCACUGAAAUUAAUCCCUUGAGCAGCCGCCGCCGGUGGAGAUUUGUUGCCAGUUUCAUAUCGACCGAACCUGUGCCAAGUGAACAGAAAAUGGAGAGAUUUUUCUUUUCAGUAGUAUGA